CCCCCAAUCAUUCAAAUGUCAUUCCUCAGCUGAGCGCACCUCACGACGGUGGUCCGAUCGAAACAGGUGUUGAGGAGAGAAAAUGUCAAGCAUGGCUUCAGCGUCAAUGAGGAAAGUUGUCAGCCCGAGGAACCUAGGCAGUGCCUUUAAAUCUCCAAAGGUCAAUCGUGCUUUAAAUGCAGCUAUUAAAGGCGAUCUUGACUGGAGUCCCCACUCAGUUGCUUCUGUGCCUAAGAAGAAUUCUCUGAGUCCUUUCGUGAGCAAUGUCAGCAAUGUUCUAUCACCGUACUCUAACACUAGCAAACCUCGCCCAGCAUAUGCCUCUUCUGUAUCAAGAAAAAGCAAGAGUGCUCGGAAACUACCAUGGAGUGAUGGAGGAAGUAGCCCUUCACCCUUUGAGAGUGAUCACUUUAUAGAUUCUGUCCAGCUCAUUGUUUCCCCUGUCAGUCGAGUGGAUAAAUGUUGCCACUUUGAACCAUCCGCUGACACUCCUGAUAGAGCUGAAUUGAUCAAAAUUUUCAGCCAGAAACGAAGUGGCUUGCACAUCUUGGGGAAAGGUACUUUUGGUACCGUAUUGGAAGCAAAGUACAAAGGUCAGAAAGUGGCAGUCAAAAUUGUUCCAUCAACUCCAGAGGCAUGUAGGCAAGUUAAAAAUGAGAUGAAUUGCCUAACUUUUCAUCACCCAAAUAUUGUAUCCGUUUUGAAAGUGACUCCAUCUGAAGAUAAGAUUGCUGGAAUAGUCAUCAUGGAGAGAAUUUGUGGGUACUCCCUUCAAAAGUUUGUAGAUCUUGGUUACUUAAGAGAUAAGGUCAACCUGAGGUUUAGGUAUAGUAUGCAAAUAGGUACUGCUCUUGCCUACUGCCACAAGCAAAGAAUACUGCACCUUGAUGUGAAGCCCCAAAAUGUUCUAGUUGAUAUCUUCACGGACACUUGCAAAUUAUGUGAUUUUGGCUGCUCUUCCACGUUUGAAAAGGUGGAAUUCUCUCUGCAGGGAACAGUAGGCUAUGUUGCACCUGAAAUAUUACAAGGAAACAAACCCACAGCAGCUGCAGAUGUCUACUCUCUGGGGAUAACCAUGUGGCAACUUAUGUCCGGAGAAACUCCCUACAAAGAGUUGCGGGGUCAUACUGUCAUCUACAAGGUUGUUGCUGCCGAAUAUCGUCCUGAACUACCUGAAAUCCUCUGUCCUGAAGAUGGGCGAUAUCUCUCCCUAGUUAAGAGAUGUUGGUCACAGUCUGCAGAAUGUCGUCCAACAAUUGAGGAGGUAACAAACGAGUUGCAUCUUGAAUACACUAAUGGUAAGCCAGAGCAUUCAUGGGUUGUGUAAGUGCGCUUUGCCUUUUUCAAGAUAGAUUGAAAGUUUGUCUUAAGUAAAAUUAUUCUGUGAUACUUCAAUAAUGUUUAACUCACUAGUCACAUCAUAUUCUGUAGGGAUAGUGUAAUGAAAUAUCUGUACAUAACUAGCAAAUGAAUUAGGAACAAAGAAAAAUUUUACUUGUAUUGUCUAUGAUAAUGUCACUGCCAAUGCACUUUUAUUUUGUCAGACUGAUUUAAUUUACUUCAUUUAAAAUAUCAAGCAAUAAAUUUUAUAACUGUUA